ACCGCGGAGCGCAGCGUCUGAUAUCCAAAGAUCCGAGGCGAAUGGACGCAUUUCUCCCAUCGAUUACGCACAGAUUUCUUCAUUUUUUAAGUAUCCAGGAUGCCUUUUCCGCCUAUAAACCUGCACUCGAGGAUUACCUCCCCGAGAAAGGAGCUGUUCAGGAGGAAGAAGAGCAGAGAUAACGUCGCUCCUCCUCAACAGCCGUUCAGUCAAAGGACAGGAGAGGACAAGGAAUCGGAGAAAGAUAAGCUCUCCACAUCGUGGCCAUCGUCCAAUUUAAAGCAGCUGGGACGAAGCAAGCCGAGCAGAGUCCCUCUGGACCACGAGACGGACAGCAAGCACUCGUGGUUGAGCGUCCCCAAACCCUUGGCUACCUCAUGCGAAAGCGUCCCGCGCUCCAGCUCUGGAGAGUCCAGCCAUAAAUACGCCUCCAGGACCUCUCUAGCGAAAGAAGAAGGCGAGCAGGAGAUCCACUUCUCCCUCAGUCUGACCCCCGAAGCCAUCCUAGUUAUCCAAAAGCGCAAUCUGGAGAAGCAGAUGAUGGCCAAGCAGAAGUGCUGCGCUUCCGCGGAUUUGAGACACCGACGGGUUUUCCCAUCCAAGAGAGCGCAGGGAGGCUCUAAUAAUAAGAGCUCGGGCCCUGUGGCUAAACUGGACGGGUCCAAUGACAUUAGCGCCAUCGUGAAGAUCUCCCUGCUCAAUGAUCAACACAAAUACGACGAUGUGGAGUACGAAGAGGAGGACGGAGAUGUGGACGAGACUGUGAUGAGGAAAUGUAAAGAGUGGCUUAAAGGUGUGGAGAGUGCUGCUGCCUUUGGGAAAGUCGAUAAGCUGUCGUCUUUGCCUCAUCUUAAAAGUUGAUCAUCUCAACUAGCUAACCACAAAAUAAGAGAAAGGCCCACUGUGAAAACUUCAGGCCAUGAAUUAUGUGUCAAACGCAAAAGUCACCUAUAGAAAUUCUGCUUUCCAGGGGUCACAGGACGCGUUCUUGCUUUGAAAUCAGCUGGACGGAUUGCGUCGAUGUCUGUGGAUAAGGUGUUUGUAGCCUAUAUGUUUUUUUAAUUGGACACUGUCUUAAAAUGCAAGGCCAAUUUCCAUUGGAUGAAUGUAUACAUAGAGCAAGGGGGAAAACAAAUUUCUGUGUUUGCAACAAUGGACUAUAUAUAUAUAUAUAAUAUAUAUAUAUAUAUAUAAGCCCAUAUAUAUAAAGGAUUAUACUCCUGUUACAAUUUUGAACGCAAGAACGCGUCCUAUGCGUAAAUGCGUAAAUACACUCAGCUGAUGGGCUGACUGGAAUGUUUUCUGCACCGAGACGUAUAGGCUAUUGGUGAUCACUCAGAGAAUUUCGUUUAUUUUAUUUGCAGGUGACCUUUACACGUUGACUGAGAAACAGUAGUGUUUUUUUUGCACAUCGCUAUUGUUUUCACUUUGAUAGACUGAAUGAACGAUGCCGGCUAUGUUACAAACUGUGGACAAUGUCGAUCGUGGAAAUGCAUCCCGAGGAUCUGAUCUUUCCUUUGUGCCAGAAAACAAAAGAUGUCAAAGGCGACACUGUCUGAGAGCCUUAGAACGAACACUUACUUAAUAGCCUAUAUGAGACCUGUUAAAAGUUUGCCUAUAGGCUAAUAUAAACUGUUUGAUCGACAAAACCAGCUGUGUACAGUAUUUAUUUUGCCAUGUGGAGGUGUGUUUAUAUGCUGUGUGUUGUUCCAAGUCAUUUUUAAGGAUUCUGGUAAUAAAACUGAAAAGAUUAUAAUGGCA